CCAACACUCACUUCAACGCCCACCACUACCAACGGUCUUUGUCUCUGCAACAGCAAACAUGCACGCCAAAAUCGCUGCUCUUCUCCUCCCGGUCCUCGCCGCGGCCAACCCUCUGCCCCAGACUACUACCGACGAUGCUCCUCCCGCAGAGCAGAUCACUAUCGUUGACACGUCAUACUCUGGUAACGGAUGUCCUCAAGGCUCCGUGUCCACCAGUACCUCGACCGACAAGACUGUCAUCACUUACGGAUUCGAUCAAUUCCAGACCUACAUCGGUCCUGGUACCGUGCCAGCGGACCGCAGCAAGAACUGCCAGCUCCACCUAAACUUGAAGUACCCCGGCGGCUUCCAAUACGCCGUGGUAGACGCCACCUACCACGGCUGGGCGCGCCUCGAUGAAGGCGUAACCGGAUCCUUCAUCACGACCUACUACUUCUCGCAAGACGCCGGCAAGACGCAAACCACGCGUAUGUCUGCCGUAGGCGGCGGCGCCCUGCUGAAUGGCCAAGUCUACACCAAGCAAGACAGCGUUGAGACCACCGCUACCAUCUGGUCGCCAUGUGGCCAGAACGGCAUCCUCAACAUCAACAACAGAAUCUCGCUUACGAACAAGAAGUCUGACCAGGCGGGUGAAAUGAGCAACGACGAUGCUACUGUUGCUUUUACCCAGCAGCUUCAUGUUGCGUGGAGGAAGUGCACACCUUCUGGCUCAGGUGGUGGAAGUGGCAGUGUUAUUGGCAUUGGAAGCCCCAGCGCGGAUAUCGACUUUGAGUAGGGGAUGAGUUGGAGUGAGCAUCUAGGUAGCGGGUGGUGAAGGGGUGGCUGUAAAGGAUGGACGAUGAUGGGGUUGGACUUGUAAAUAGUCGAUUACGGUGUUCCUGUUUAGUCGUGAAUGUCAAAGUUGCUGCUUUCUGAAAAGGUCACUCGGUGACGUGAUCUAGAGAAUUUUGGUCUGCC